GCGCUCCUCUGUCCCCAGAUCCGGCUAGGGAAGGGUUCGGAGGCCUCAGCUGGUGGAGAGAGAGCAGAGACGAUCCUUCCUCGCCCAUCUACCCAGCCACCACCCCUUCCCAGAUCUAGCGUCCGGGCCCCUGACCAAGCGCGUGCUUGGAGCUCUCCGGUACAGUGUGGCGCGCGCUUGCCCGCCUAGGGCCCCUGUGAAGGAAUGGGAUCCCGAGGUGCUUGCCAGGACCACAGCAGGCGGAAGCUGCUGGCAGCGGGAACGGGCGGCUCCCGUCGGCGUGGGUGGGGGAAGGGCGGCAGCCACACCCGGAAGUCGGUCCGGGAGGGAGGGGGAAAUCCAAGGGAACGAGGCUUCCGGCGGCGCAAAGGGUGUCGGGAGCGGCUUCCUGCAAAUCUUCCUUGGCCUCUGGAGGGACCACCGUUGCCGCCGCUUCGGCUUCCACGAUCUGCGUUCGGGUUACGCGGCCACCGUGGCAGCCACUGCGACUCCCACUGUGCCUGGCUCUGUCUAUAUUAGUUCCUAGGCGGCCGUCGCCGUUCCAGCAGCGGCAGCGGCGGACAUGUUGUGAGGCGGCGGCGCGGGUGUCUGAAGGAUGGUUUGGCCGAGGCGGCGGCAACGGCUGCUGGCGGCGGCGGCAGCGGCAGCGGGGCCUCGGGCUCUAUAGAGCCGAGCCCGCUGGGUACCCGCCCGGUACCGCGGCGAGGCCAGUGCCCCUGGAUCUUGCCUCUGCUUUGACGCCGUUGGGGACCAGUUAGGUGACAGUGCCCGUCCCUCUGAGGAGACCCGAAGGUGGUUCCCCAGCCGCUCAAAUUUCCGGACCACCGCGCUUUCCCCUCAGCCUGGGUUGUGCUCUCUCUAGAAUCCUCAGGCCCCCACUUUCUUCCCAAACUCAUCUUAAAUCUCUCACACGCGAGCGUUCCCAGCCCUCAAGCCAGCUCCUCUUGCGUUCAUUUUCUGCACCCUCUUCGCGAAGCACCCCCCGGGAUCAUCUCCGAGGGCGGCUUUUUGAGAGAUCUCCGUGGAGUAGUGGACCAGAGCCGGGGAGUUUUUAAAAGCCGGGACGCGAGAAACAGGAAGGUACUAUGGCUUCCUCGUCUGGCAACGAUGAUGAUCUCACUAUCCCCAGAGCUGCUAUCAAUAAAAUGAUCAAAGAGACUCUUCCUAAUGUCCGGGUGGCCAACGAUGCUCGAGAGCUGGUGGUGAACUGCUGCACUGAAUUCAUUCACCUUAUAUCUUCUGAAGCCAAUGAGAUUUGUAACAAAUCGGAAAAGAAGACCAUCUCACCAGAGCAUGUCAUACAAGCACUAGAAAGUUUGGGAUUUGGCUCCUACAUCAGUGAAGUAAAAGAAGUCUUGCAAGAGUGUAAAACAGUAGCAUUAAAAAGAAGAAAGGCCAGUUCUCGUUUGGAAAACCUUGGCAUUCCUGAAGAAGAGUUAUUGAGACAGCAGCAAGAGUUAUUUGCAAAAGCUAGACAGCAACAAGCAGAAUUGGCCCAACAGGAAUGGCUUCAAAUGCAGCAAGCUGCCCAACAAGCCCAGCUUGCUGCUGCCUCAGCCAGUGCGUCUAAUCAGGCGGGAUCUUCUCAGGAUGAAGAAGAUGAUGAUGAUAUCUGAAAUUCACCAGCUGAGUUUCUAUUUCUUCUAUAAAUGUUUUUCCCUGCACAACAAAAACAGUGAAAGAAAUGCUUAUCUGUAAUUUUGUAUGCAUCUUGGUGGACUUGUCAUUGGUAUUCUAGGGAUGUCUGCUAUUAAGUUUCAUCUAUUGUGUGCUAUACAUGUAAAAACUGUCUCUUUGAACUAUUGAAAAUUUAAGGUUCAGUAUAAUAUCAAUUUUGAAUUUUUAAUGGUGUUUAUGAAAUUUUAGAUAGCAGCAAGUCCUUCGUUUGAUCAAUAAACAGUGUUACAGAAAACUUCAAGUUUAUAAAAAUACAGUGAAAUUUCUACAAAGCUCUAAAUCUGCAUUUGCAUUUCCUCUGCCCUUUUAACUAAACUAAAACUUGUGAAUUUUAAAUUAUUAAGGGGGGGGUGCUGUGUGAAUCAGUAGACAUUGGAUUGGGUUGGUGAAAGAGUUCAGUUCUGUAGUAUCUGAAUUUGUCUUUUAAAAUGAGAACAUAUAUAGGCAAUAAAUAUAUAUGCUCAGAUCAAUAUACUUGUUUAGAAAAACUUCAAGACAUUAAAAAACUAGGAAGGAGUAUGUUUAAUAGUAGUUGUAUAAAUUUGGUGGUUAUGUUUUUUUAUUUUGUUUUUGUUUUGUGUAGAGGUAAAAACUAUAGUUUUAUUACAACAUAAUUCAUUUUGAGCUCCACUAUGACAUUUCAAGGACUGCCCAGUUUGGAAGUCUGUCAUGAUUUUUACUCUUUCGCUCUAAUUCAGUAAUUGUUGAUAGUAUUACUUACCUAGUCCAUCCAUACUCACAUUAUUCAAAUAUAUAGGUGGGACUUUUGAAACAAUUGCAUUGAUUCCCUUGGUUUAACUGAGGUUCAUGAAUAUUCAAACCUUUGCUGGGGGAAAGAAAUGGAAGUUAAUGAGCAUGCUUGCUAUGAGAGAGGGAUUUUUAAUUUAACUUGUAGUUAUAGUUUACUUAUUGUUUUUAGAAUUACUUUUACAUUUUCCCGACUAGAUGGCCUAGAGUCCAACAUGACCUUUUGAGAUGACAUUAUUGUCUCCAUCAUAAUUGAGUGAUAGCUUUAAAACAAAGAUUCGUUUUGCUUAAGAAGUUGUGUUACAACUGAUCAGCCCUAUAUGAAUUAACUGAUCAGCCCUAUAUGAAACGUAAGUUGUGUUAUAACUGAUCAGCCCUAUAUGGAACAUAAAUAGUUUCUACCUGCUUAUUAAAAGAGAGAAGCUUUAAUUUGGUUCUAAAAAAUAAAGUAUGGUAGUGAUUAUAGGAAUCCAGGAUGUUGAAGAAAUGGCAUAGUGUCUAUAUUUUGGAAACAGAAAGGAAAAAUCACUUAAGAUAGUAUUAAGUAAUUAAAUUCCUAUGUCAGUUGCCAAAUCUUUUAAACUUAUGUAUUCACCAAGCCCAAAAAUAGAUUGUGGCUCCCAUGAUUUCAAUUUUAAUUGGAGAGCUAAGUAAGUAAAGUUUUAUAACUAUUAGGUUUCUUAAUGAUCAUAUUUUGCAGUUUUAGUAAAAGGGAAAUAUUGUUAUACAUUUAUUAAAUAUACUUCCCCCAUGAAGUGAAAAGGUUAAUUUUGCUGAAUGUUUUAAGUUGAAGUUACUUCAUGGAUGUCAUACCCAUGAAGUGCAUUUGGAUGAGAUAGAAGAAAUCGUUUUUUAAAAAGUUUAAGUACCAAAGGUAGUCUAGUCUAGAACAAUAAUAAGUUAAUACGUGUUGGCUUUUCUAAUUUGUACUGUAACAUCCUUAUACUUUCUAUUUUAAGUAUAUCUGUUUCUUAAGUAAACAACUUAGAUAUUUUCCACACCUUUUUUUUUUCUGAUGCAGAGUUCAGGUUAAUUAAUAUUUUACUGCAUCUGAUAAUGUAUUAUACGUUUGAAGCCUAGUGACUUUUCAUUUUGACAUUCUUGUGAUUUCAUAUGCUGUAUUCUUCAAGCAAUAAAAUUGUGAUGUGUUUUAUAAA